AUGUUUUUUUAUACUAAUAUUAAUAAUACGACUACACGAGUCCAAAGUUUCGGUCUACACCUUAAACUGAAUGGCACAUUGAUAAAGGCAAUACAUGACAAGAAACGGAGCUGGGGUUGUCUUCCUAUAGACAACCAGAGCUCUGGUGUAUGGAGGAAAAUUGUGAGAUGUAUCGAGUCGAUCGAGUACAAUAAUAUGGGAAUUCACCAGCUUCUGAAUGGAGUUUGUGGCGACGGCGCUGACAUUAGAUUUUGGCUCGAUAUAUGGGAGGGAGACUCGUCUCUCAAAGACGGAUUUCCAAGGCUUUUUAGACUCAAGAAAGAUAAAAAGUGUUCAAUUAAGAACCGAUUGAGGAUGACCGACAGUGGCUUUGAUUGGAGUUGGAAUUGGUCCAGAGGGAUACAGCAGGGAGAAGAACUUAACAAGUUUAAUCUUAUGUACAAUUCAAUUGCAGACAAGCGCCUUGGUGAAGGAAUGGACAGAUGGAUUUGGAUAGGUAACACAAGCAACAUGUUUACGGUUAAAGCUGUCAAGAAUGGGAUGAUUACUGGACAGAACUUGAGUGAUAGGUACAUCCUACAGUGGGCGUCUUGGGUUCCAAAAAAGAUCAAUAUUUUCAUGUGGCAAAUGGUUAUGGACCGCAUUCCCACUGCUGAUGCUCUUAAGGUACGCAACUCUGUUAUCAAUGAUGACAUAUGUGUUCUUUGUGACGAGAGCCUUGAAUCAACUAGUCACAUGUUUUGCUCCUGUGGUGUGGCCUCUCUAAUAUGGUACAAGAUCAGUACGUGGUGCAAGGCGUUUCCCUUUUUUGUUUUUACUACAAAGGAUCUUGUGGAAAUUCAUAAUCAUGUUCAAAUAGGCAAGAAGGAAAGAAAGGCUUUGAAAGGAAUAAUCAUGAUACCGUGCUGGUUCAUUUGGAAGGAAAGGAACGAUAAGAAAUUCGCUAACAAUAAUGUUGUAGUCGAAUCGAUUUUCCAAAAUACUAGAUCUAUGGGUUACUUAUGGUAUAGAAAUCGUAAGAAAAAUGUUUCGAUUAGUUGGAAGGAGUGGUGUAGGUUUGAGCUAAUGUAA